UGCGCAAUCUUUUUCGAGAAACUUUCACGUUCUAAGUUCGAGUUUGAACCUUUAACCGAGAGAUUUUGUUUCCCUCGAAUUUGCUUUUUAUCUGUGAACUUUUUUUUUCUCCACUUGUAUUAUCUUUUCUGUGGUUGAAUUAAUCUUUAUUACAAUUGGAAAAAGUUUUUUUCUCUCUCAAGAACGAACCAAAUUCAACAAAAUUAACAAAACAAUCAACAAAAACUUUCGACAAUUAAACUUGUCCAAAAGGGACAGUUAACUUUUCUCGAACAUUUUGUUCAAAUGAUGUUGAUCGAAAUCAUUUUCUCGAUCUGAAAACUGUUUACAAUUCAAUUGUGUCAUCUAAACAAUUAGUGAAUCAUCAUCAAGGUUUAUUCUUAGUAAUUAAUUAGUGGCCUGUUAAUUAAUCUAUUGAUCCAUCAGCAUGAUUCAUUCAUCGUUAUGUGUUAAAGGUCCAACCCCAAGUUAUGAGAUUAAAGAACCAACCGGAAGUAACUGGACACAUUUACCGCCCCCGGCGUGUUAUCCUUACGACGGAAGCAAUUGGACUCACAUUCCACCGCCAACUUGUUAUCCCUACGAUGGAAGCAUCUAUCCAACGUAUGGUAAUCGACACGGAGCCAUGGAAUCGGCGGCCAGGCGGAAAAACGCCACUCGAGAGACGACCAACACUCUGAAAUCGUGGCUCUAUGAGCACCGUAAGAAUCCCUAUCCAACCAAGGGUGAGAAAAUCAUGCUUGCAAUCAUAACCCAAAUGACAUUGACACAGGUGUCAACUUGGUUCGCAAAUGCCCGGCGGCGAUUGAAAAAGGAAAACAAAAUGACCUGGGAACCUCGAAGUAAAACAAAUGAAUCGGUUGAUAUUAAGGAUGAAAAAGGCUCAUUAAAUGGAGAUGAUAUUGACAAUAACCCGGAAGAUAUUGAUGCUGAUGAUGAAGAUGGAGAUGAAGAUGAUGAUGAGAUGAGUAUAUCUAUGGACAAUUGUGAUGAUAAUAAACAAAAAUCAAGGCAAAUUAAUGGAUCAGCUGAUUUACCUGGUAAUCUGGAUAAGUCAAGUUACCAAUCGGGUCUCAAUGAUCAUCAUCAUGACUUAACCUCACCAAUAUUGAGUAACAUUGAAGUUAAUGAAAGUAAAUUAGGAAUCAUUACCAAUCCACAUUCAUUUCAUCCUCAUCAUCAUCAUCAACUUCAUCCAUUAACACAUCUUAGCUCACAACAGCAUCAGCAGCAACAACAAUCAUUACCUCAUCAUCAUCAUCAUCAUCAACAGCAUCAUCUUGAACAGCAACACCAUCAACAAGAUCAAAUUGCACAACAACAUCAACAUUAUCAGACUCAUUUCAACUCAGGAAUAUCUCAUUUCCAUCCUCAUCACCACCCACAUCUUCCUACACACCCUUCACUUCACUCCCAGUCUCAUCCUCCACCACCUCUUUCUCAUCUUCUCCAUCCUCAUCAUCGAGCUUUAAUGACCACUGGUCAUCAUCAUAUCAAACAAGAAUCAAACAAUGAGAUAGACAUCAGAAGAUUUCAUGAUAAUCUUCACUUGACCUCCUCAUCCCUUCAAGAUGCUCAAAGGCCCAAAAUUUGGUCUUUGGCUCAAACGGCAACUUCAUCGAGUCCAUCUUAUGUCAACCGUGAUCCACUCACUUGGAAUCAUCCAAUUGAUGUGACAAGUGAUAAUCUAUCAUCAACUUCAACUCCAAAUUCAAAUAACAUUCAACCUUACGGACAAACUGACCCUUCAUCCCCAACAUCAACUGGACGUCAAUUGAUACAAAUAAAUUCAGAAUCAAAUGAAUCUCAACAAUCAUUAAAUCAAAACAAUUUGACUAAUGAUUCAACUCGACUUCCUUUAAUCAUCUCAUCAACAUCACCGGCACUUUCAUCAUCAUCAACCUCAUCAUUAUCAUCAAUAUCAUCUUCAUCAUCUAUUUCAACCUCUUCUAGUGUCCCCCUACCAAUAACCUUGACAACAACAACGACAACAACACCAACCUCAACAACUAAAACAACAACACCAUCAUCAUCAUCAUCAACAAUGUCACCAUCAAAAACGACAAUUGUUUCAUCAAAAUCAACCAAAUCCUGGAUUGAGAAUCCCAAUUGUGUUUAUAAUGUAAAUGGAUCAUCUUCCUCAUCUUCCUCCUCCUCCUCAUCAUCAACAACAGCACCAGACAAUAUUAUGAUUACCCCAACCGUUAUAACAAAUACAAUCAACCACAACCCACUCCCAGUGAGUCCAAUUUGCCCGGGAAAUGGUUCCCUUAUAAUUCAAAGCGAUAUAAAUAACGGUAAAAGUAAUAAUAAUGAUGAUGAUGUCGAUGAUAACAACAGGGAUGACAAUAGAGAUGAUAAUAGGUCAAUCAUGUUGGAUGUUAAAUUGAAAAAAGAUCAUCAAUCAAAGGGUCUACAAUAUUUAUCUCCCUCAAAUCAAUCCCACCUCCUCCUCCACCACCCUCAUCAUCAUCAUUCAGAAUUCACAUCACCUCAACAUCCUUUUUCAUCAUCAACGACAACAACAGCAUCUUUAGCAUCCUCAUUGUCCUCUACCUCCUCAACAUCAACCUCAAUAACACCAAUCAUACCCACCCCAUUCAGUAAUCAUCUUUAUCCUCAUUCUCAUCAUCCAUUUCAUCAUCAUCAUCAUCAUCAUCUUAAUGACCAAGGAACGCCUUCAACGCGUCUUUCAAACGCUCCUCAUGGUCCACGAUUAAGUUUACCUAUUGAUGGACAUCAUCAUCAUCAUCAUCAUCACCAUCUUCAGCAUUCUCACCCUGAAUCUCACCCAAUCUCUGUUAUCUCAGCAUUAAGAUCCACAUCCUCAUCUUCAUCUUCAUCAUCAUCACCCUCAUGUCCAGUUGAUAAUCUAAGUUCAUUUCCAUCAUUUACUGAUAACUUUUUGAAACAACAACGAACCAACACUUUUCUUGGUAAAGUAUUUUCCGAUUAUGUUUCCAGUUCCGGUCUUUGUGAGGUUCCAAUUGAAAUGCCAGCAUCAUGCCCAUCGGUAAGUUCAUCAUCAGCCUCAUCUUCACCAUCGACAACAAACACCAACAACAACACAACCAAUUUACACCAUAAUCACCACCCUCAUCCCUACACCACUAAUCCAGGUUCAAUCGGUGAAGAAUCAACAUCAAGUGAUAUUAAUCAAUCAACAUCUUCAACCUCAUCUUCAUCAUCUUCCCACCUUCAUCAUAAAAGACUUUUAACUUCAACAACAAAUGAAUCAACCUUCCAAUCCUGUGGACUUAUCUAUGGGAAUUAAAUCUAAGGCGAUUAUCAUCAUCAUCAUCGUCAUUCUCAUCCUUGAAUCAUCUUGAAAGUGUUUUCAUAAUCAAAGGGAGGGAAAUCUGAAAAUCUCUAUUCAAACACUUUUUUCAAUCUUCUCAAUAUUCAAGGAUGAGGACAAAACUCAGAGAUUUAAAAGCGAUACCUCUUAACAUUUACACCCACCAUCCACCACCCACUUUCCACCCACCGUGUUAAUAUUAUCCUCCAAUAUUAUUAUUACAAGGAAAACAAAAAGCUGACACUUUAUCCUCAUCUCUAAGUCAAAAAGCCAUUAAAAAACAUUAAACACUUCAACCUCGAGCUUAAAUAUCUUCUCGCAAGAAAAAUGGAUUAACCAAAAAAAUCAGAGAUUAACUUAAUCUCCAAUUUCCAAUAUAAACUCAAUUCAUGUAAUAUCUUCAUCUCUCUCUAUAUAUAUAUAAAUGUGUGUUUUAAUCUUAUUUUCAUCAUCAACUUAAUCAUCAUCCUCAUCAUGGUAAUCAAAUGAAUAAUCAGAUUCAUUGAUCAUUAUAUUAUAUAUUUAAUUCAGUAAAUGUUUGCUGUUAAUUUCAAUGUCAAAUGUUUAAAUUAACUUGCAAUUGUAAAUAUAACAAACAAUUGAUUAAAUGGACAAAGUGGAAUGUUAAUUGUUGUAAAUAAUUUGAUUUAAUUGCAGGUUAAUAAUUUACAAUAAA